AUGUUUGUUUCUACUAACAAUUUACACAAGUAUUACUUCCCAAGCAAGUGUCGCUGGAGUCCCGAUUACUUUUCCAACUCCACCGUCUAUUUGCAAAAUAAUACCGUUUAUGCUGAUCUAAAUAUUAUAAAAAUCAUACAGAAUGGUUUUAAAGGCCAUAUUGAGUUUCAGAUACGCCUCGAAGGUUCUAAAAUCUAUCAGACCUUAUUCGAUUACACCAUAGAUAUCUGCAGUAUGGUGAUAUCGUUUAAGGAUACUCUAUUUAAGAAAUGGUUUCGUAGUUUUCUGAAAUAUGGUAAUUUUAUGCAAAACUGUCCAGUGUAUAGUGGACGCUAUUAUUUAAAUGGAUGGAAAUUGGAUUCGGAUUUGAUACCCAGUUAUUUAUAUGCGGGGGAUUAUCGGGUGAAAGGUUAUGGUUUCUAUGGAAAACUCGAAAGUAAGCAUGAAGACUUUGUGGUGGCUAUGGAUCUGGAAAUAACGACUACUUAA